GCAUUUGAGAGUCAAGACCAAGUGAAAGGCAUUUUGAAUGCAGAGGGCUGCGGGACUCUGAAGGGAAUGAACCAGUUCAGGCCAGCCUGCUGCUCUUUUUCUCCUUCUCUCCUUUUCUUUGCUUUCCCACUCUCCACUCUUGUCCUGUCUUUUUAAAGAGCAAAAAAAAGGUUGGGAAUUCCUUUUAGCUACUUCACUUCAGGUUUCUGUGGAAUCUAAACAUGCACACUGAGAUUUUGGUGCAGCCCAUGUUAGUGCCGUUAUUCCUGAUCGUCCUCUGUACCAUUGAGGACACUUUGUUACAGUCUGUGAGCCAGGUAGGUGAGGCAUGUAGACUAUCAACAGACUCGUCCAAUCGCCGCUGUCGGACACCUGAUGGAAAGAUAUGCAGCGGUCAGGGCAAAUGCGACUGCGGCGUCUGCAUCUGUGACGCAACAUCACCUAGGAAGUUCUACGGUCCCCGCUGCGAGUGUCAGAACUGGGUCUGUGCAACACAUAAUGGGCAAAUUUGCAAUGAACGUGGUUACUGUGACUGUGGGAUCUGUGAGUGUGACGAAGGCUGGUUCGGAGAUGCUUGCCAGUUCCAGGAGGAGUGCAGCCGAAGCAGCAAGAUGAGCAGGGAGCUGUGCAAAAACCAACAGGGGGUGAUCUGCUCCAACAGAGGAACGUGCCACUGCGGAGGCUGCUUGUGUGACGAUGAUGAUGACAGAGGUUUGGUGACAGGACGCUUCUGUGAGUGCGAUGACAGCGAGUGUCUGGACGAGGACACGGGAGAGGUUUGCGGAGGCCACGGGCAGUGUUACUGUGGAAACUGUUACUGUGCGGCCGGUUGGCAUGGAGACAAAUGUGAGUUUCAGUGUGACAUCAGCCCAUGGGAAAGCAGGAGGAGAUGCACAUCUCCAGAUGGCAAAAUAUGCAGCAACAGAGGAACCUGCGUGUGUGGGGAGUGCAGCUGUUACGAUGUAGAUCCCUCUGGGGACUGGGGGGACAUUCACGGCAACACCUGUGAGUGCGACGAGAGGAACUGCCACGCCACCUAUGACCGAUACACUGAUGACUUCUGCUCAGGACAUGGCCAGUGUAAUUGCGGCAGGUGUGACUGCAAGGAAGGGUGGACGGGAAAAAAGUGUGAGCAUCCAGUGGCAUGCUCCAUGUCUUCAGAAAGCAGCCUGAAGAAGUGCAGAGGGAAGUCCAAUUUGCCCUGUUUUGGAAGAGGUCAAUGCCAGUGUGGUCAGUGUACUUGCCACCCACCCGGAGACAGCCGCGUUCACGGCAAAAACUGUGAAUGUGACGACCGCCAGUGCGAGGACAUUAAUGGAGAGGUCUGUGGAGGUCAUGGUUACUGCUCAUGUGGACGCUGCAUCUGUGAAGAGGACUGGUUUGGGAAAUUGUGUCGGUUUUCCAGGUCUUGCGACAUGAGCGAUGCCCAAAGCAAAGAGCUUUGUGAGACUGCCGAUGGAGUUGUUUGCAGUGGAAAAGGUUCCUGCCACUGCGGCCAGUGUAUCUGCUCACCUCAAGAUUGGUGGGUGUCUGGGGACUACUGUGAGUGUGAUGAUCGAGAGUGUGACAAACAUGACGGUCUCAUCUGUACAGGGAACGGGCUGUGCAACUGCGGCAGCUGUGAGUGCUGGGAUGGAUGGACAGGGAACGCCUGUGAAAUCUGGGUGGGAGCAGAAUACUGACGAGAGAAAAGGACAGUAGUUCUCCAUUUUGACUAAAGACCAACAGCAUGACCCGCCGGGAAAAACAACCAAGCCUGGAAGCCCCAGAAGAGGAUUAAAAACGGAUGUAAUCUCCAUAGGACAAACAAUAUUUUAUUAUAAUGAUUGCAAGUUUUGCUGGUGCAAAAGACGCAUUUCCUGUCUGCAAUGUAUGCCAUUCACUUUUCAUAUCUGUUUUAAUGUUGUAGCAAAGAUUAUGUGUUUCAAUACAGAGAGCAAACCCAU